GCGCUUGCGCAAGUUUUCUCAGACCGACGGGCAUCAUGGCGGACGUGUUGGAUCUUCACGAAGCGGGUGGCGAGGACUUUCCUAUGGACGAAGAUGGUGACGAAAGCAUUCACAAACUAAAAGAGAAAGCCAAGAAGAGGAAAGGACGUGGAUUUGGAUCUGAUGAAGGUGCGAGGUCCAGAGUUAGAGAAGAUUAUGAUACGGUGGAGCAGGAUGGCGACGAGCCCGGACCACAGAGAUCUGUCGAGGGCUGGAUCCUGUUUGUGACCGGCGUUCACGAGGAGGCCACGGAAGAAGACAUCCACGACAAAUUCGCAGAGUUUGGUGAGAUCAAGAAUCUGCAUCUCAAUUUGGACCGGAGGACUGGUUACUUAAAGGGUUACGCGCUGGUAGAAUACGAGACGUAUAAAGAAGCCCAGGCUGCGAUGGAGGGACUGAACGGCCAGGAGCUCAUGGGUCAGCCCAUCAGCGUGGACUGGGGCUUUGUUCGAGGGCCUCCAAAGAGCAAGAGGAGGGGAGGAAGAAGGCGGAGCAGAAGUCCAGACAGGAGACGGCGCUGAGCGUAAACAACCCCCCUCCCCCUCCAGUGUUCUCUGUAUUUUUCUUUGUACGUUCUCAGCAACAAACAAAUCUGACUGUUUUCAGGUCGAACAAAAAUAAAUCCUAAUAUUGGGAGCAAAAAGUUGGAGUAUAAAUGCUGUGAUCACGUUCUGAUGUGCACCGUUUUACCAUCGCCUUUUCAUAGAAUGUUUUUUUUUUCUUUUUCUUCUGAAAAUAUGACCCUUUUAUUACCUGGUUUUAAAACUCAGUCGUAAACUGGUUCAUUAGAGAAUUGUCGAGGUGUAAAGGGGGACUUUUGUGUUUGUGAAGUUGCGAUUCAAUUCUUUCUGUAUAGUCACAUUUUUUGUGGGUUUUUUUUUUUUUUUUUUGGUUUUGCUUGAAAUUUUUGUAAAAAAAAAAUCAAUGAAACCAAUCCUUCGAUGCGAAUUCGGGUUACGCCACAAAAGAAUGUCGAACCUGAACUUUUUUUUAGUUUUUUUGUGAUUGUUGUUGUUUUUUCACUUCCAAUAAACGUGUUUGUGGAUGA